AUGAAUGCCGAGCGACUGGCACCGAAACUCUGCUUUGGCGCAGCUCCGUCUCGUCGGGCCUUGUCAAAUCUACGAGCGGCCAAGACCUGCUCCACCGCAUCGAGCCGGUUUCACCAGUACCGUCAAUGGACCGGCCUGCUUGUCAAAUUGAAUGUCGCCCUGGUCUAA